AUGGCGUCGCCAACUCCACCGCAAGAUCAAGGUGAUUCGCGAGAUGAAACCGAGGAGGAGCGAGAUGAUCGGAUAAGGGAGGACCUUCGGGCUAGAAUGCCUGCUAUGGCUGGUCUUGACCGUCGUGGGGAAUUGUCGGUCUCGCAAGAAGAUGCCCGCGAAAUACAGCAACGUUCACAACAAGAUACCAGGCUUCGGAACAGCUCGCGCCUGAUUCGUGCAAGGGACGCUUACGAGGCUCGCCGCGCUCUCGGUAUAAUCCGACCGUCACUGAAGCAGAGGGUCAAGGAGCCGCCACUACACCGCGCCCAGAUUCACCUCUACCUGCGCCACGAUACAGGCGGAUAG